AAAGUAGUACCGGUCGGUUUGGACAGUAACUUUAGAGAAGGCACAGCUGUCAAACGCCCCAUGUCCCUGCAGGCGGUCAUCUGAGGAAGGCACAAAAUAUUUCCCGCCACGAUGUCGAAGAACACGGCAUUCAUUCAGACCCAGCAGCUCCAUGCUGCCAUGGCUGACACCAUGCUGGAGCACAUCUGCCUGCUGGACAUCGACUCCCACCCCGCCAAGUCCCGCAACACCGGCAUCAUCUGCACCAUUGGACCGGCCUCUCGCUCCGUGGAGAUGCUGAGGGAGAUGAUCAAAGCUGGGAUGAACAUCGCCCGCAUGAAUUUCUCACACGGAACUCACGAGUACCAUGCUGAAACCAUCAAGAAUGUGCGUGAAGCAGCAGCAAGCUUCCAGCCUGGAAGUGUGGAAUACAGGCCUAUUGCCAUUGCCUUGGACACUAAGGGUCCAGAGAUCAGGACUGGCCUCAUCAAAGGCAGUGGCACAGAGGAGGUGACGCUGGUCAAGGGCCAAACCAUCAAACUCACGCUGGAUGACCAGUAUAUGGAGAACUGUGAUGAACAUAACCUGUGGCUGGACUACAAGAACAUCACCAAGGUGGUUGAGAUUGGCAGCCACAUCUACAUUGAUGAUGGCCUCAUCUCCGUCAAGGUGAAGAACAUUGGGGGCGACUUCCUGGAGUGUGAGAUUGAGAACGGCGGCAUGCUGGGCAGCAAGAAGGGCGUCAACCUCCCCGGGGCAGCCGUGGACCUGCCCGCCGUGUCGGAGAAGGACAUGCAGGAUCUGCAGUUCGGUGUGGAGCAGGGAGUGGACAUGGUGUUUGCCUCCUUCAUCCGCAAGGCGGCCGACGUUCAGGCUGUCCGCAAGGUGCUGGGAGACAAGGGCAAGGAUAUCAAGAUCAUCAGCAAGCUGGAGAACCAUGAAGGUUGCCGCAGGUAUGACGAGAUCCUUGAGGCCAGCGAUGGCAUCAUGGUUGCCCGUGGUGACAUGGGUAUUGAGAUCCCCACUGAGAAGGUGUUCCUGGCCCAGAAGUACAUGAUCAGCAGAGCCAACAGAGUCGGCAAACCCAUCACCUGCGCCACACAGAUGCUGGAGAGCAUGAUCAAGAAGCCCCGCCCCACUCGUGCCGAGAGCAGCGAUGUGGCCAAUGCCGUGCUGGAUGGAGCUGAUUGCGUGAUGCUGAGCGGAGAGACCGCCAAGGGAGAGUACCCCCUUGAGUGUGUCCGCACUCAGCACAGGAUCGCUCGUGAGGCUGAGGCCGCUACGUUCCACAGACAGCUCUUUGAGGAGCUGCGCCGCACCACCCACCUGACACGUGACCCCACAGAGACUGUUGCUAUCGGUGCUGUAGAGGCAUCCUUCAAGUGCUGCGCAAACGCCAUCAUUGUCCUCACCAAAUCCGGCAGGUCCGCUCACAUGCUGUCCAGAUACAGGCCAAGGGCACCCAUCCUGGCCGUCACCCGCAACGAGCAGACCGCACGCCAGGCCCACCUGUGGCGUGGCAUCUACCCCAUCCUCUACACCAAGCAGGCCCACGACGUCUGGGCCGAGGAUGUGGACCAGCGUGUCAACUUCGCCCUGGAGAUGGGCAAGCACCGUCAGUUCUUCAAGUCUGGUGAUGUGGUGAUUGUGGUGACAGGCUGGCGUCCAGGCUCCGGCUACACCAACACCAUGCGUGUGGUGCUGGUGCCUUGAGCGGGAGCUCUUGAUACACACACACACACACACACACACUCGAUUGCACAUACAUGAUUGUCUGGGAAGGGAAGGAACCAUGUGCCUCUCAGAUUGCCACUGUAACACACCAAUAAAAUGAAGAGAACUGUCUCAACUCUUGCA